CUUAGUAAAAUGGCAACCAGAACACUUGUCAACUUUUAGGAAUGAAACUUCUUGCAUCUUUUUGAAGGAUGAACGCUUCCAGUUUGAGAUAUGGGAAGAAAUUCUUCUUAAAUUUCUAAAAAGGGAAUUUAUGCGUUUUAAGGAUGCUGUGGUGCAAUGGACCAUGCAUCCUUGGGAAAGAGAUGCUCGCAUGGCAAGGAAGGCUUUGAAAAGAGGCAGUCAAGCAUAUGGCCUACUCAUUGAACUUGCAUGCACCAGAUCAUCAGACGAGCUCUUGGGAGCUAGGAGAGCAUACCAGUCCCUCUACAGUGAAUCCAUCGAGGAAGACGUUGCUUGCCAAGUUGAAGGGUGCAAUGGACCAUGCAUCCUUGGGAAAGAGAUGCUCGCAUGGCAAGGAAGGCUUUGAAAAGAGGCAGUCAAGCAUAUGGCCUACUCAUUGAACUUGCAUGCACCAGAUCAUCAGACGAGCUCUUGGGAGCUAGGAGAGCAUACCAGUCCCUCUACAGUGAAUCCAUCGAGGAAGACGUUGCUUGCCAAGUUGAAGGCAUCCAACGCCAGGUUAGUACCACUUUUAGUAUAAAAAAAAAA